CCCGCGCGAGCAGAGACUGCGAGAAUCCGUGACGUGUAGCUGUAGCGCGUGACAAUUCGCGGCUGUGCUGCGUGAAGUGCAGAAACUCGGAAGGCUCUCUUCCGUCGAGCCCCGAAAAUUCGGAAGCGGGAUAAAACGCGUGAAGGAAAGAGAGACGUAAAGAAAGGACGUUUUCUCCUGGUAGCUAAAUCGGCGAUCGUCUUCGGGGGAAUAGGAAGAUGAGCUGCCAACGUAACGCCGGCAAGAUCACGGUGCCGGACGACCUGCGCGACGUCCUGCUGGAGUUCACAAUCAGCUAUCUGCUGGAGCAGCCCGGCGACAUCAUCGACUACGCUGUGGACUUCUUCACGCGGCUACGUGACGCACGGCGUACGCAGCUUAUCCAUACGGACGGUCAGACCUGCUCGUCCACGCCGGAUGAAUCUGUCGAUGAAGAGCCACCAGUCGGCCGAUUUGCUUCCAGAAGGAAGAGUGUUUUCGCGGAGACUUACAAUCCCGAGGAUGACGAGGAGGAUGACGGUUUCAAGAUGGUCCAUCCAAAGAGCGACGAGCAGCGACAAAGGCUCAGUGAAAGCGUUAAGAACAUACUCCUGUUUCGCGCUCUAGACGAGGAACAAAUGGCGGACGUACUCGACGCAAUGUUCGAAAAAAUCGUUCAACCGGGAGAAUUUAUUAUCCGGCAGGGCGACGAUGGUGACAACUUUUAUGUGAUCGAGAGAGGAAAGUUCGAGGUGUACGUCAAAGAUCCCGCCACAACAACAGAGAAUCAUAUUCACACUUACGAUAAUCGUGGUGCUUUCGGAGAAUUGGCUCUUCUGUACAAUAUGCCUAGAGCAGCCACUGUCAAAGCUAUUACGUCUGGCACGCUCUGGGCCAUGGAUAGGCAAACUUUCCGACGUAUCCUCCUUAAAUCCGCAUACAAAAAGCGUAAAAUGUAUGAAAAUCUUAUUAAUAAAGUGCCGAUGUUAAAGUCUCUGGAGCCUUACGAGCGGAUGAAUUUAGCGGAUGCCCUUGUACCGAAACAGUAUUCCGAUGGCGAGCAAAUAAUCAGGCAGGGCGACACCGCAGAUGGAAUGUACUUCGUCGAGGAUGGCGUAGUCAGAAUCACUAGACUCGGCGAACACGGUCGUGAAAUUGAGAUUAAUCGUGUUCCGGCUGGCGGUUAUUUAGGCGAGCUGGCACUCGUGACGCAUAAACCACGCGCCGCUUCGGCCUACGCUGUGGGAGACAUCAAACUGGCAUUUUUGGACGUUGAAGCUUUCGAACGUUUACUUGGCCCGUGUAUGGAACUUAUGAAACGUAAUAUCGAUGAUUACGAAGAACAACUAGUCAAAAUUUUUGGCAGCAAAACCAACAUCUCUGACAUUCGAUGAACUGUUUCUGGGCAGAGCCACGUCGCCAUACUACUGUACUAAAGGACGCGACACUUUCGUACAGCAUAUAAUAUAUAACAAGCACAAAAGAACUUGUACCACCUACUUCUGAAUCUCAUCCCGCAUGUUUCGGGUAUCAUUUCGGAGUCAACUGUUUCGUAUGACUGUUCACCUAGACGUAUACCGAUUAAGAUUCGUCGAUAAUAGUUACCAAGUUUAUACCUACGACACACAUUGAACAAAGCUGUAGGCUGCUCGAUUAUAUGCGCGUGUUUAACGAAACAACACGGUAUUAAUGACUAUUCUCUAAGACUGUAUUGGAUCAAAAAGAGAGUAUUAGUGGAUUCUGUUACGCUCGAUCAUUUGCGAAAUAAAUAUUUUUAUUUAUUAUUGCCCCCAGUGAAAGACCGCAAUAUAACAUUUUGAGGUCUAGGACAUACAAGCAUUAUUAUAGUAUUUAACUUAUCCCCGCAAUGACUCAAGUUUAUUUCAGUGUAUUCGAUCUAUUAUGCUCAUACACAUAAUUCGUGCAUUAUCUAUUUUUAAACAGAUCAGCGGCUACAUUUAUAAAACAGGAGUCUAAAAUAUUCGAAAUCGAAUGCUCUUCUAACGCUACUCUCUGGCAAAAAAAGAUAGAUUACAAAAGAAAUGACCACAUUAGUAUUUGACAUAAAUCUUUUGCAAGGUUUCUAUGAAAUACCUAUAUAUAUGCAUAUCACUCUUGGAGAUAAUGAAAGUAACAUUGCCAUUUUUAAUGAAAGCAAACAGAAUUGUACAAUAUUCUUUGAUACAUCCAUUUAACAAUGUAAUAUCUUGAUAAAAUAUCAAAUCAGACAAUCAAGAUUUUGUCUAUGAUUCGCGACAAGUAGUAAAUAUGCAUUUCGCGAAUAAAUAUGCACAUAUACAUACACAAAUAUGCAUCAUACGCACAUAGUGGAAAUAAUUUUUUAAUUUAUAAUGUUAUUUUACAUAAUUAUUUACGAUUAAGUUAGUAUAU